ACAUGCUGGAAGAGCUUGCAGGUAGGGCUAUAAAAGAAGACUACAAAACGCCCGAAACUACAACCUGCAGUGACUUUCACUACUGACUUUCACUACUGACUGUUUACCUCUGGCCAUGGCUCUGCUCAGCAACCUCUGCAGCCUUCUCCUGGUGACUGCCUUAGUCACCCAGGCCUUCUCUGCCGAGUGCCCGGAGCAGUGUUAUGAUAAAGCUGGAAAUCUGUGUGCCCGAUCUGUUUACCUGAGUAUCUUUACUCUGAAUGAUGAUAAUGCUGACUCCACUGCCUUACCUUACCUUACCAUUGAGCUAAACGGAGGUACAGAGAUAAAAACCGUGAGGCUUUACGACCUGCCUGGUAACCAAUUUGAGAUAGCCAAGGGAGACCUGUGGGAGUUCGAGGUCGACGAUUUUGAAUUCAGUGAGCCGUGUGUAUCGACUGCAGCAAUCACUCAUGUUACUAUUAAGCCUGACACAUCAGAUGGUGAUGGAAUUUAUAUAAAGGAUGUAUUUACAUGGGUCCGCAGUGGGGCAGCGAGCGAAAUGCUGACCGCUGACUACGACAUCAAUGCAUGGUUGGAUGGUGAUACCCCAGAGUCUGCAAUAGAUCUCUCCAAGGUCUGAGUCAGUACAUGACACAUGCAAAUGGAACGGACAAAAGAGAUUUGUAAACUGAGUAGCUAGUAGAUAUUUAGUCAUCUGACUGUAGAUUCUAGACACCUGCUGUAGUCUGUAGUGUGUAGGUGUCUGUUGUUUAGUCCCCUCA